AUCUGGCUGCUUUCAUGAUUCUUCUGGGAGUGUAUAGGGCUUUGUGGAUAAAACUGGUUUUGCCUAGGGCUUUAUACAGGCUCAGCCAUGGGUGAAAUUUUGGUUCUGAAAGGUGAGCAUUUUUUUCUGUCCCCAAGGACUCAUGCAUGGAACCUCCGACUCCCACUCCCACUGUGCUUGAGCCAGGCCUUGAGGGCUGCAAGUAAGGAUUAGAAGGUGUGAAUGAGAAGAUAUUGCAUUAUAUCUUUACCUUAUCUUUAUGCUCCUGUUUAGCCCUAAUUAGGCACCAUGACGAGUAGAGUUAAACCCUGGCUUUAUCUUUUAGAGCUUGGAAGAGGACAGAGUGACUCUAAAGAGGGUUUUUUUUUCAGGUUCUUGGAUCACUUGUAAGGAGAUAAAAUAACCUGUUUAUGAUAAAUUCAAGUCAUUGAUGGGGAUAAUGUACUAUCAUAAUUUAAGAGCUGUGUUUCAUGUUUCAUCUGUUGUCAUUUUAGAUCAUACUCACAAAAUAUCUGUAAAUUGUCCAAAUGAAUUUCAUGUGCAGGUGGUUCAUUUAAGAAAAUUGGAAAAAUGCCAAAUGACUAAUAGUAAUUCAGUAACUAUUUCAAUAGGCUACAGUCUACUGGUGGUGUGGUUGGUGUUUGAAAAGACAAAGGAAAACAUCUGCAAGGGAAAGACGAGCCCAAAUUCAUGAAAGCUACUUAUCACGAUUUAACAGAUGCCUAGGUUCUGUUAACAAGGACUUUGCCACUAAACACUUGAUGAAUCAGGCUCUUAACAAAUUUGUAGGUUCCUGUUAAGCAAACGCAUGAUAUCAGUUAAUGUGAACUUUUCAACCUAAUGCUUGAUUGUACAUUUGUACUUGAAUGUUUCUUUCUUUCCCUCCUUGAUCAGGCUCCUCGGUUAUCUUUCUAUGCUUAACCUCCAUCUGCAUGAAGGGAAAAAAUUAGGUUACGAUCUUUGGCAUGUCCUUGCUCACACAAAAAUCUUCUUUUCUUUUCUGUACUGCAUGCACAUCGGUUUUACAUGUGAUUCCAGUUCAUAUAUGGAUGUAAUUUGAUUCAGCUUCAGUAUUUGGGUUUUGGGGUGGGGUGUGGGGGUGGUGUUUGUGCAAGAUUUAAGACAAAUUUCAUUCCAUUGCUCUACUAAAUCAAUUAUCAGUAGCUUAAAACUCCCUUCUUCUACAAUCCAAGGUUCCUUGUUGGACAGAUAUGUCAUCCCUUUCCACUAUUCUCAUUUGCAUUUAAACAAAUUGGUGCUGAUGUUUAACAAAUUAUUUUGUUGCAGUUCCAAUUUCUCUUCAUCAGUUCUAGGACAGUUUAAUGAUUGGUUUUGUGAAACUUCCUUCUGUAAAAGGUUCUACCAUUUGAUUGAUUUAUGAGUAUCUAUUGUCUCUCUAUAACUUUAUGAGUAUCUAUUGUCUCUCUAUAAUUUCACUGAAUGAUAUCUGUUAGGGACCACUGUGGCUUCUUAGGACUUAGAGAUGGUCACAUGGUGGACCACCACCACCAUGGUUUCUAGGUUACAUUUUGCUGAACUUGAAUUUUUCUCUUAUCUUAUUAAUCCUAGUCUUUUGAUAUCUUAAAAAAUGGGAUUCAGAAUAAUGUUAUUGAAUCAUAUUGAAUUUAUCAGUUUUUUCUAUGAAGCAUAGAGAGAAGAUUUGCCCAAGGUAUAAAAGAAUAUAACAUGUAGCAUGUAGUUUUAGACCUACAUUUUUAGCAGAUUAAUAAAAUAAUAAUAAAGAUGGAUGGCAAUUCCAUUUCUUUUAUUUUGAAAAAGGGUUCAUCUUUUUUGGGUUGGAUCAACCAAUUUGAUGUAUUUUAUGUGAGUCAUCCUUUUUUUUUUUUUUUUUGACAAGAAGAUAAUAUAUAUAUAUAUAUAUAAGCACUUACAAAAAGGUGCAAUAAAGUACACAAUAUAUACAAUCGUUACCAAAAGAAUAGGCAAGCAAAAGAAAGAGAGAAGAAACAAAACACAGACCCUUUCUCAUUUGAGCUAAUCCAAUCUAUGCCUAUCAUGGUUAUGGAAUAAUCACCUAUAUAUAGUCUAACCCAUUCCAAAAAAGUACUUAUAAAAGAGAGUUCAAUUGCUUGUUGUGGUGGUUCUAAAUCUUCAAAGUCCUUUCCGUUUCUUUCUUUCCACAACAUCUAGAACACACACAAUGAAGUGAACUCCCCUCUCCCCCAACCCCGUAUUGCCCUUAAAACUUUUUUCCGUUUCUUUCUUGACCACGAGAAUUCCAUGCCAUCUUAACAGAGUUCCUCUUACUAUUGAAUGCAUCGCCUAUACACCAAAUAGAGAGAAAAUCAACUACCACUUGAUUCUCGCUUUAGGGAAGUAAAGGAGUAAGUGAUCAACCGAUUCCUCUUCCUUUUUACACAUAUAAUCUAUUUGGCAUAAUCCUUCCUUUUCUUUAAGGUUGAUCAGUCAUAAAAAAUCUGCUACACGAUGCUUCCCAAGAAACAAAAAAAAAAAAAAAAAAAACCCACCUUCAUGGAAACCCAGGGAUUCCAAAAACAUCUUGCAGGAAAAAGCUCGCUUAUUCCUUGAACUAGUGAAUGGUUAGAAGGAUUUGAUGAAGAAACUUUCCACCUUUGGAUUCCUUUGACUCUAAACUAUCAUUUUCCUCUUUCCUAAUUGAGCAUGCUUGGAGUUUUUGGAAAAAGACAGUCACUCCUUCAAGUUCCCAAUCGUGAAACUAUCUUGAAAAGCGAGGGCUCCACUAACCUCUUUCCUCAUAUUGCUCCCACACUUCCACUACCCAUGCAUAUUUAGCGAUGAUUGUGGAAAACAAUGACGGAUAAGAUUCUUCUAAAGAUGAAUGACCCUACCAUCUAUCUUUCCAAAAUUUGACUUUUCUUCUAUUGCUAAUGGUGAAAGAGAAAUCUGCCAUUGAUAGGGUCCCACUUAUCUUUUAUCACCUUCCACACACCCACCCUAUAACCAUUUCUUACUCCCCUUGAGCACCAACCCCCUUCUUCUUCCUUGAAUUUAUGAAUGAUAACUCACUUCCAAAGGGAUUCCUUCUCAAUUGUGAACCUCUAACACCACUUGCCAAGAAGAGUUUUAUUCAAAAUAGGCCUCAUUUGUCCAAAUGAGGGAGGUUGACUUUGGUAAAGAGCACUCUCUCUAGCCUCCCAAUUUACUUUAUGUCGUUGUUUAUCAUUCCUCACCAGGUGAGCCUAAGGUUGGAGAAGAUUCAAAGAGGCUUCCUUUGGGGGGGAGGAGUUUCCCAAAGUAGGCCACAUUUGGUGAAUUGGUCUAUUGUUUGCAUGGAGAAAAAGGAUGGGGGCUUAGAUAUUAGAAAUCUAUCUAGCCUAAAUAAGACUCUUUUUGGAAAAUGGUGUUGGAGAUUUGCUUCAAAGCAAGAUUCUUUAUGGAAACAAGUGAUUGUAGGGAAAUAUGGAGAGGAAGAGGGAGGUUGGUGUUCUGGUGCUUCAAGGGAUGGUUAUAGAGUGGGACUUUGGAAGGCGUUUAGGAACGGGUGGAUGGAGUUUAGCAAAAGAGUGACUUUUAAGGUGGGGGAUGGUAGAAGAGUGUGGUUUUGGAAGGAUAGGUGGUAUGGAGAGGAUUCCUUGGAAGAGGCUUUUCCAAGCUUGUACUCUCUUGCCUCCUCUAGAGAUGUUUGGGUAGCUCAGUUGUGGGAUCAAUCUGGGGAACUAGGUCACUGGAACCUUGUAUUCACAAGACUUAACAAUGAUUGAGAGAUGGAAGAGCUGGAAGCUUUUUUCAGAAGGUUACAUGGUCAAGCACUUAGAAGGGAGGAUGAGGAUGUCAUGUCUUAGCGGGUUUCAAAGAAAGACUUCUUUGCAGUUAAGUCUUUUUAUUCAUCCUUAGUUCCUUGCAUCGGUAGAGAGUUCCCUUCAAGAUUAGUUUGGAAUCCUUAGGUUUCGAAGAGAGUCAACUUUUUUGCUUGGGAGGCUAUUUGGGGAAGAAUUCUAACCAUAGAUCAACUAAAAAGGAAGGGUUGGAUUUUACCAAGAUGGUGCUAUUUGUGUAAAACAGAUGAAGAAUCAACAAAUCAUGUGCUUAUUCAUUGUCCCAAGGCAGCUAUGAUUUGACACCUUAUUUUUGCUCUUUUUGGGGUUUAGUGGGUUAUGCCCAAUUCCAUCAAGGAAACCAUUCUUGGUUGGAAUGACUCCUUUGUUGAAAAUAAAAGAAAAAAGGCGUGGAAUGCAACUCCUUUAUGUUUAUUUAGGAUUGUAUGGAAGGAGAGAAAUAAAAGAAUCUUUGAAGAUGCCGAAUUAGCGGAUCAAGCUAUUUUACGGUCUUUUUUGUACAUGUUUUCGGAUUGGGUUAGGGUGCAUGUAGAUUGUACAUCAUGAUCCAUUUUCGAUUUCAUUGAUUGGUUGGGAUGUAAGUAAGGGGAUUAUAUUUUUGCUAUUCCUUUUCUUUUUGGCCUUGUUGCCUUGUAUACAUCGUGUAUACUUUCAAGUGUACAUCAGGCUUUCUUAAUACGAUUGCUUUUUCUUAUAUAAAAAAAGUCUUGUUCAAAAUAGAGAGACUGUUAAUGCUAAGGCCCCUAUACUUUUUGUCCAAACAAGCUAUAGACCAAAUAACAAGAUGAGGUUUUUUGUGAGCUUUGCCCUGCCUUAAAGGAAAUAUCUUUAGAUCUACUCCAGCCUUAGACUGACCUUUUUCGAGAUAACGACUUGAGAUAAAUUGGGAGAUUGGAAAGGCUGCUUCUAAUCAAGGUGAGUCUCCUUCCCUUUAGAAAGAUAUUGCCUUUUUCCACAUAGAAAGCCUAUUUUGAAAUCUCUCUUCCAUCAAGUCCUAGAUACUUGUUGAUUUGAACGGAGCUCCCAAUGGUAGGCCUAGAGAAAUAGAAGGUAGAUGCCACACCUUGCAACCCAAAAAAGCAGCUAGCACCUCCACUCCAUUGUCAUCCGCAACUGAGAUGAGCUCACUCUUCUCCAACUUAAUUUUUAUUUCAGAUAUUGCCUUGAACCACAUCAAUGACCAAUUCAAGUAUUCUAAGUGCUCUUGACUAUGUCACAAAACAUAAGUGGCAUACAACAUAUGAAUCAUUUCCUGCCCCUCACCAUCUAUACCCCCUACCUUCGUCCUCAACAAAAUCUGACUAAGCGGUUCCAUGGCUAAAAUGAAUGACUAAGGGGAUAGGUGGUCUCCCUGCCUCAACCCUCAAGAACUCUAGAAGAAACCAGCUUACAAGCACCAAGAAUUGUGCUUUAGGAAUACACCAUAUCAUCCAUCUUAUCCAUCUCUAACCAAAACCCAUUUCUCUAAAACAACCAUUAGAAAGUCCCAAUUAAUGUGAUCAUAUGUCUUCUCAAUAUCCAUUUUGCAAAUUAGUUUGUUGAUGCCACUUUUCAUCCUUGAGUCAAUGGCCUCAUUUGCUAUGAAAACUGCAUCCAAUAUUCGUCUACCCUUCACGAAAGCAUGUUGGUAGUUUGAGACCACUUUUCACACCACCUUUUUGAGUCUAUUAGCUAAGACCUUUGCCAAAAGCUUAUGUAACCCCCCCACUAGAGUGAUGAAUAUGAAAUAUUUCAAGUCCUUUGCUCCACCUUUCUUGGGGAUCAAAACCAGAAAAGUGACAUUAAGAUUUCUUUUGAAGGAGCUAUUAAUGAAAAAUUCCCUGAGAAAACCCAUUUCCUCUUGCUUAACAAUACAAUAGCAAGAAAGGCAUGGUAAAACCAUAUGGCCUUGGGCCUUUAUCCCUGCACAAACUAGACAAGGCAGCCCCAACAUCCUCCUUAGAGAAAGGAUUCUCUAAGCUCCUGGCAUCCUCACUCUCCAAAGCCAUGAAACCCAAACCAUUGAUAUUGAGUGUCCAGUCCUCUGCAUCGGAUAAAAGACUUAGGGAAGCUCUUGUUACCCCCUCCUUAAUAUCUGUCUCCUAAGAAAACCAAAUUCCAUUUAUUCUUACUCUGCCAAAAAAUUCCUUCUAUGAGAAUUGGCCGUUUUAAGGAAAAAAAACUGGUAUUUCUAUCCCUCUCCCUUAACCAUAACUCUCUUGAUUUUUGUCUCUACAUGGUUGCUUCUAUUGGCGCCCACUUGCUAAACUCAUUCACUGUUGCUCUUCUAGCUUCUGCCUCAUCAACAAAGAGGGCUGCUUCCCUCUCCUUGGAGUCCCUGAAUCCAAGUUGCUGUAAGGCCCCUCCUCUUUCCUGGUGCUGAAAUUUCCAAAGAUCUUGUUCAAUUUUUGGACAUCCAGCUUUAGAGCCUUUAGCUUUGCUGCCAGAAUAUGACUGAAAGACCCUCUAAAAUCAUACCCCAUCCACCAACUCCUCACUAAAUCUUUUGAAGCCUUCAGCUUUAAGCCACAUAUUCUCAAAUCUAAAAGUCUCUUCUAGCUUAUGUGAGUCAUCUUCUCACCAAUUAUUAUUUCUUGCGAACAAAAUUGAACCAUUUAGAACCAUGUUAUGAAUCAUCAGUCCCUAACUAAAUAAAUAAAAUUCUAAAUUUAUAUUUUUAAAAGAAACCAACAAUUAAUUCUAUUUUACAAAAUUUUAAAAUACAUAAAAAAUAUUAAUCCAAUUACCUUGUUAGGUAAAAAGGCAAAUAAAAAAUUAUAAUAGCCAAGUGUUCAUGCAUUAUAUCUUAUCACAUAGUAUCAACUAAAUUAAUGCAAAAAAAAAAAAAAAAAAAAGGAAAAAGAGAAAGAAAAGAAAAAGAAAAAUCUUUCCUUUUAUAUGAAGACAAGGCACCAAAAGAAAUCUAUGCCAGUUCACUUGACAGCCAGGACUAACAUGCAAUUUCAGAAAAUUUGUGGGGAUGUGUGCUGGGACCUGCCAAAUCUAUGGAAUUAGUAUGAGAAUAAUAAUGAAUGGAGGACAAAAGGAGUUUAUCAGAGUAGAGAUAAAGAAUUUUUUUAAAAAAAAACUGGGUUGGUGAGAGCAUGGUGGGGCAUAGAUUCUGUCUCUCUCUGUUUUUUCUGCUAGCUUUAGCAGUUACAGCCUUCAGCACCCUGGAGUUUAGCAGGGAUGACUUCCCACCUGAAUUCAUUUUUGGGUCUGGUACUUCUGCUUAUCAGGUCGAGGGAGCAGCAUUCCAAGAUGGGAGGACCCCUAGCAUUUGGGACACUUUUACUCAUGCUGGAAGUGCCCAUGGAGCUACUGGGGACAUAGCAUGUGAUGAGUAUCACAAAUACAAGGAAGAUGUCCGACUUAUGGUGGAGACAGGCCUAGAUGCCUACAGAUUCUCUAUCUCAUGGUCUCGACUCAUCCCAUAUGGAAGAGGCCCUGUCAAUCCAAAGGGUUUAUCAUAUUACAACAACCUCAUCAAUGAACUUAUUAGUCAUGGAAUCCAACCACAUGUUACUUUAUGCCAUAGUGAUCUACCACAGGCGCUUGAAGAUGAGUAUGGGGGAUGGCUUAGUCGAAAGAUUUUGAAAGACUUCACCGUAUAUGCUGAUGUAUGUUUCCGAGAAUUUGGCGACAGGGUUUUGUACUGGACCACUGUGAAUGAGGGCAAUACAUUUGUUUCUGGUGGUUAUGAUGUUGGAAUCACCCCACCUCAACGAUGCUCUACCCCAUUUGGAAACUGUACUGAAGGCAACUCUUCCUCUGAGCCAUACAUUGCUGCACAUCAUAUCUUGUUGGCACAUGCAUCAGUUGUAAAAUUGUACUGGAAAAAGUAUCAGAACAAGCAACAUGGAUUCAUAGGGAUCAAUGUCUUUGCUAUGUGGUUUGUUCCUCUAACAAACACAACAGAAGAUAUAAUUGCUACUCAAAGAGCCCAAGAUUUCUAUCUUGGAUGGAUUUUUGGUGCCUUAGUGUUUGGAGACUAUCCUGAAAUAGUGAAGAAGAGAGCGGGAACAAGAAUUCCAGCCUUUACCAUUCAAGAAUCCAAACAAGUAAAGGGUUCAUUUGACUUCAUAGGAAUAAACCAUUACUUCACUACAUACAUCAAAAACAACCGUGAGAUGCUGAAGAUGGAUCAAAGAGACUUCAGCGCAGAUGUUGCUGUAGACAUGAUACCUAUACAAGAUGAUUCACCACCAGAUCAGUUUUCUGUUCUGCCCUGGGGUUUGCAACAAUUGCUGGAAUAUUUCAAGCGAGUUUAUGGCAAUCCUCCAAUCUACAUCCACGAAAAUGGUCAACGAACACAACGCAACUCAACAUUGAAUGACACAGGAAGGGUGAAAUACUUGCAAGGUUACAUUGGAGGGUUGCUUGAUGCAGUAAGGAAUGGAUCCAAUGUAAAAGGAUAUUUCAUAUGGUCAUUCUUAGAUGUAUUGGAGCUGUUGGAUGGCUAUGAAUCAAGCUAUGGUCUGUACUAUGUAGAUUUAGAUGACCCUGAUUUGAAACGAUACCCUAAGCUCUCUGCACAUUGGUACUCUGGUUUUUUGAAGGGAAGAAACAUCACUCCAGAUGGGCCCAUUGAAAUUCAGAUGAAUAAAACACCUCUUUCUGAUGCUUGAGCCAUGCAGUGGGCUCUGCAUUGAAUUUUUGUGUUGGAGUUGAUUCCCUUGUAACUGGCAUGAUCCUUUUGAGGUUGACACAAUAUAUAUAUGUCAUCAUUUACAAGAAAACAGCAAAUUUUCUUUCUUUAAUUAGAUGAUCAUUGAUGUUCAUAGUUCACAUUA